AUGGCCAGACAAUGGGUUUUAACAGGCCAAGAAGGCUUCGAGACCUCUCUGGAGUACCAACAGGACGUUAAGAUACCCUCAAUUCACGAAUUGGGUCCCCACGAUGUUCUCGUUCGCAUGCAUGCAGCGAGUUUGAACUAUCGUGAACUAGUCAUCGCAGGUCCUAUGGGCAUAAAUGGACCAAUCACGCCACCAGUGGUUCCAGGCUGUGACGGCGCUGGCAUAGUCGAAGGCAUUGGAUCAUCUGUCCAUGAUUUCCAUCUAGGCGAUCGCGUACUCACGCACGUCUCCGCUAAAUUCGUCGAAUCUCGUGGAGACGAUGCACUGGCGGGCAUUGCCGAUGUUGCAGCCUGCCUCGGCCAAGGAUCUGAUGGCACGCUUCGAUCCCAUGGUGUUUUCUCUGACGCGGGUCUUGUCCACGCGCCCAAGUCUCUCGACUGGCUUCCUGCCGCAACCUUGACUUGCACCUGGACUACCGCGUGGAAUGCCCUGUUCGGUUUGAAGGGCCGGGAAGCCGGACCGGGCUCGUGGGUGCUUGUUCAGGGUACCGGCGGGGUUAGUAUUGCAGCUCUGCAGCUCGCUGUCGCAGUGGGUGCGACUGUGAUCGCGACUACGUCGUCUGAGGAGAAAGCGGCUCGUCUAAAGACGUUGGGUGCCACGCACGUUAUCAAUUACCUGACCAAUUCGAAAAGCUGGGGCGAGGAAGCCCGAGGUUUGACCCCUGGUGGAAGAGGCGUGGAUUUUGUUAUUGAUGUCGGUGGUAAUGAAACACUACCUAAUUCCCUGGCGGCGGUGCGUGUGGAUGGAAUUGUUCUAGUCGUUGGUCAAGUUGGGGAGUCCAGUGUUGAUGCUGUGCCUAUGUUCGCCGCUCUGCUGCAUACAUGCAUUGUUCGUGGUAUUCUGGCUGCCAGUCGCAACCAAUUUCGGGAGUUGAUUCGCUUCAUUGACGAGCACGAGAUUGUGCCGGCGGUCGAUGAUGUGGUGUUCGAGUUGGCUGAGGCAAAGAGCGCAUACAGGCGCCUCAAGGAAAAGAAACACUUUGCUAAAGUUUUGAUCAAGAUUGAUUGA